AGCUUUGCGGCAGACAAACAAGUCAUAAUGUUAUGGUUGGGGAAGAGCAUCAUCCCUUCUGCUAGUCUCUCACCUUUCCUUCCUUGCAGGAGUAAUGGAAGGCAGUUCGGACGAGCAAGAGCAAAGAAACCAAGCAUAGGAGAAAACUCUCAAGCUAAAAGUCCUACCUUCUCUCUUAGAAUUUCUAAAGCCUUUCUAGGCAGAUCUGCAGUUGCUGUCUUUGCGCUGGGAUUCCUUGAUGCUGGGUACAGCGGAGACUGGUCUCGCAUAGGUGUGAUUACAAAAGAGACUGAAGAGUUGUUAAAGUGCUUUUUUACUUCAGCUUGUUCAAGAUCCUACAUGUAGGAGAACUGCAGCAGUUAAAGAUCUUUACCAUUUAUUCAUAUCCAUAUCGGAAACGGUGGAUGAAACAAAGUUGGGAAUCAAAAGAAGGAAAGAAAUAGAGGGAAUAGUUGGACUCUUUUGUAAUAUUGUAAGGAGCUAUUUCUUUUUCUGCUGCUUUGAGGCGUAGGUGUAGGUAUCUUCUUGUUGAAGGAAAUUGGAACAUGUGCAUCUCUCUUAAUUGUGAUGACCAUGUAUAUCUCCAUUCCCAUCCUGAUCUUUUUCGAAAAUAUCCAUUUCUCUCAAUGAU